CUCCCGGUCCCGCCGUACCUGACAGGUUUCCAAAUCACAGUCCUCCUCCGCCGAGAUUGACAUUGCAAAAAGGCCAGAUUGCUUGACCUGCGCUUUACCAUGUUGGAUGCAUUUGAGAUUAUCAGCACAUCCGGGGUGGUCCUCUGGUCCAGGACUUAUGCACCCGUCAGCCCCUCGGUCGUCGACAACUUUAUCUCGGAUGUAUUCAUCGAGGAGAAGAGCACCGUCGCGGGUGCAAAGGAUGGCGCAUCUGCCACCGUGAAUCCACCAUACAAGCAUGAACAGCAUAGCUUACGGUGGACAUUCAGCAAGGAAUUAGGCAUCAUCUUUGUUGCAGUUUACCGCUCUCUGCUGCACCUGCCCUGGAUUGAUAAGCUCGUCGACAACAUCAAGGCCAUCUUCGUCAGUCUCUACGGCGAUCAGCUCAAGAAGCCGAAUACAAUGAUUGUCGAGUGUGUCAAGUUCGACGAGUACUUUGACCAGCAACUUCAAGAGCUAGAACAGGGCAGCGGGAAGCCAGACGCCCGCGCAUUCAUAGUCGAGGAAAUAUCAGGGACGGGAGAAGACGGACCGCCCCUAUCCUUUAGUCUCGCGCACAACCAAAAAGCCCAGACCAACCCAUCGGCCGAGUCCAGCCCGACUGCGACGCCCAAUGCGUCCCGCCCCGCUACGCCCGGCGCAAGCCACCUGUUAGUGGCCAAGGCCGGGCCUGGCGGAAAGCUAUCCAGGCGAGCGAGAAAGAUUCAGAACAGCCCAUCGGCGCCAGUGUCAUCCGGCGAUGAGGCCACGGCGCGGAAGGGGAAGCCGGCCAAGACGGUCAAACGCGGAAGGAAGUGGGAUGCCGAUGGACUCGCCGACGAACGCGACGAUGUCCAACUCGACUAUUCGAUUCCCGCCGUGACAAGCGACAGUGAAGCCGAAGCUGGUGCGAGGCCUGCAGCCGUCGAAGAGGUGGAUGCCUCAACAUGGGGUUCGAGGACUAAGGGGAAGUUUGUGCUUCGUGAUCUCGGGGACGAAGUCCAUUCUAUCCUGGCAGAUGCUGAUGCCAAGAAUGCCGCGGCAAAAACCGAUUUUCAGAGUGGCAUUGUUGGGUCGAGUCUGAGCGCAAUUGGGGGCCUCUUCAGGAACGUGGUUGGCGGCAAGGUGUUGACCAAACAGGAUUUGGAGAAAGCAAUGAAAGGGAUGGAGGAGCACCUCCUCAAAAAGAACGUUGCGCGAGAGGCUGCGGUAAGGUUGUGUGAGGGUGUUGAGAUGGAGCUCGUUGGAGUCAAGACGGGCAAUUUUGAGAGCAUUAACUCCAGGAUACAAAAAGCCAUGGAAGCAUCCCUCACCAGAAUGCUUACCCCGACCUCUUCCCUCGAUCUCCUCCGCGAGAUCGACUCCAUCACCUCCCCGCCUGCCGCCUCGCUUCGCAAGGCUCGCCCCUACGUCAUCUCCAUUGUUGGCGUCAACGGCGUAGGCAAGUCCACCAACCUCUCCAAAAUUUGCUUCUUCCUCUUGCAGAACCAGUACAAGGUUCUCAUUGCCGCCGGCGAUACCUUCCGCUCCGGCGCUGUUGAGCAACUGGCCGUGCACGUGCGGAACCUCAAGGAGCUGACGGCCCGUGAGGGAGGAAAAGUCGAGCUCUACCAGAAGGGCUAUGGCAAGGAUGCUGCCGCUGUGGCCAAGGAUGCGGUGGCCUUUGCCGCGCAGGAGGGGUUUGAUGUCGUCUUGAUUGAUACGGCCGGGCGGCGGCACAACGACCAGCGGCUCAUGUCGUCGCUGGAGAAGUUUGCCAAGUUUGCGCAGCCUGACAAGAUUUUGAUGGUUGGUGAGGCACUCGUUGGCACUGAUUCCGUUGCCCAAGCCAGGAACUUCAAUGCGGCCUUUGGAUCGGGCCGGUCGUUGGAUGGCUUCAUCAUUUCGAAGUGUGACACGGUUGGGGACAUGGUUGGAACUCUAGUCAGUAUUGUGCACGCCACUAAUGUGCCCGUCUUGUUUGUCGGCGUUGGGCAGCACUACUCGGAUUUGAGGAACUUCUCAGUCAAGUGGGCGGUUGAGAAGCUGUUGAGUAGUACGUGAGGGCUGGGGAGGAGGUGGCAGCUGGCGUCUUUAGCAGGCUUAGGAUAAACUGUGCCUUGAAUGGCAGACAUUUGGAACGCGAUGUCUCCGCCAUCUUUGGGAGCUGGAGCAAGAGUUGUAUCUCCUUUUCGCCGUUUCUGGGAGCUCAAGCUGUUCCUGGAGAGAUUAGGGUUAGGGUUGCAAGUUAAUGAAGUUCACGUGCUGUGGC